UGGUCGAACCGUGAUUAGUCAAAACGUACUGCUCGAGUCCUGCUGUUUACGUUCUUUUUUAUUGACCACAUCCUUGAAACAUUGUCGAUUUGCGAAUAGAACGUGAAUCGUGUUAUUUCGGACGCUUUUGCUGUUGUAAAAUUGCUGCAGUUUCGAACGAAAUCCCGUUACAACGAAUCACCGUGCGGAUUCAGUGACUGUCUGCGAAUCGUUCCUGUGACACGAAUCGACGAGGAUCCCAUUGUUUUGAUCGACACUUCCGCUGUUUCCUGAUCAGCUGUUGGCAUCUCGGGGCAGCCUGGAAUACGUAAAUCGAUCCGGAUAAAACAAUGCUGUAAAUAUUUACGACGGCAUUACGUAUCGCGAAGUCGUAUUCUCGAAGAACAAUGAGCUUCCCCGAGAAACAGGACAGUAUCUCCAAGGAUGAGUGGGUGGCGAAGCUGGAGGAGGGCUCCUACAUGCAGAAAGUCUCCAUGAACAACUUGAUCAUGAAUUACCUGGUGACAGAAGGCUUCAAGGAGGCUGCUGAGAAGUUCCAGCAGGAGUCGGGAGUCGGUCUGACAGUGGAACUGAGCUCAAUGGACGAUAGGAUCCGCAUCCGGGACGCUAUACAGAACGGUCGCAUUCAAGAAGCUACGAGUCUGGUGAACCAGCUGCAUCCUGAACUGCUGGACAACGAUCGGUACUUGUACUUCCACCUGCAGCAACUACAUCUGAUUGAGCUGAUACGCACUGGUAGGGUCGAGGAGGCGCUGCAGUUCGCCCAGGAUCAACUCAGCGAGGCCGGAGAGUCCGACGAUAAUAUACUGUGCGAGCUGGAGCGCACUUUGGCACUGCUGGCGUUUGACGAACCACACAAGAGCCCGUUCAGUGAUCUCUUGCAUCCAACGCACAGACAGAAGGUUGCAAGUGAGUUGAAUGCCGCUAUACUGAAGAUGGAGCACAGGGAGUCGACCAGCCCCCGGCUUCACAACCUGUUAAAGAUGAUACUGUGGGCACAAGAUGAACUGGACAAGAAGAAGGUAAAAUAUCCCAAGAUGACUGACUUAGGUAGUGCUACGAUCGAGAAUCCGAAAUAAUUCUUAGUAGUAGAUAAAGACUGGAACGAUCUCGCGCUUUUUAUUUAUGAUUAUGGAAGAGGUGGUUGUACCAUAUGUUCUGUUCUGCAGUUUAAACGAGAGAUAUAUAUGUAUAUGACUUGAAACUUGAACAUUAAGAUAUAAACUCUCCUGCAAAUUACCGAUUUAUUUUAUGCAGAAUUAUAUCUGCGCAAUUCAAAAAGGGUAGAAUUGAUUAUUAACGCAUUAACUGUAAUAAAAUCAUAUAGUAGUUACAAUGACAUAUUAUAAAAAUUACUAUAAACGAAUUACCGCAAUAUUCACAUCUUCGGAGUUUAAUAUUAACAUAGAUAAAAUUAGCAGAUGAGUUAAUUUUAAGUUUUUUAAACAGUUAAUAACGUUAUCUAUUAAUAAUAUAUACGUAUACUAUAAUAUAAUACAGAAGAUGACACGUUUAGCCUUAGACAUUGUAUUACACAUGCGUCACAGACUUGCAUAAUUUCUGUACGAUUAUGAAACCAUAUACAAAUACAACAUGUGAUGAUAUGC